GUGAGAAAUUUCAUCAUGGAGAAAGUCAAGGAGCAUCAAGAGUCUCUGGAUCUGAACCACCCUCGGGACUACAUUGACUGUUUCUUGAACAAGAUGGAGCAGGAGAAAGACAAUCCGGCAUCUGAAUUUAACUUGAGGAACUUGGCAGCUUGUGGAUCUAAUUUGUUUGUGGGGGGAACAGAGACAACGAGUAGCACCCUGAGAUUCGGGCUCCUGCUGCUAAUGAAACACCCUGCCGUGGAAGGUACAUCAAACACCCUAAGAGCCAUGGAAGGAUGGGGUCAGGGCCCUGGAGAGCGGAGGGGAGACACAGGCCGGUAUCUGCUGCUCUUUCUCUGGGAUGCCGUGCAGAACCCCAAGCAAAGGGCCGUUCACUGUGGUUUUAUUUUUAUAGAGCAGAAUCCCAUGAUGGUGUUGACAGGAUAG